AUGGUUGUACAUGAAUUGCAAGCUGGUCUUUAGUGGGGACUCUGUGGGAGGAUGAACACGGAGGAGCUGGAGCUACUGAGUGAUUCCAAAUAUAGAAACUAUGUAGCAGCAGUUGACAAAGCACUGAAGAACUUUGAAUAUUCCAGUGAAUGGGCAGAUUUAAUAUCGGCACUUGGAAAGCUGAACAAGGUACUACAGAACAAUGCGAAGUACCAGGUAGUACCCAAAAAGCUGACUAUAGGCAAGCGCUUGGCACAAUGCCUUCAUCCAGCUUUGCCGGGUGGAGUUCAUCGGAAGGCACUUGAAACAUAUGAGAUCAUCUUCAAAAUCAUUGGACCUAAGCGUCUGGCGAAAGAUCUUUUCCUAUACAGUUCUGGGCUGUUUCCACUCCUUGCCAAUGCUGCAAUGUCUGUCAAGCCGACAUUAUUGAGUCUGUAUGAGAUUUAUUACCUCCCUCUGGGGAAGACAUUGAAACCAGGUCUGCAAGGACUGUUAACUGGGAUACUGCCUGGUUUGGAGGAGGGGUCAGAGUAUUAUGAAAGAACGAACACGCUGUUGGAGAAGGUUGCCUCGGCUGUGGAUCAGUCGGCGUUCUACAGUGCUCUCUGGGGCAGUCUUCUCACCAGCCCUGCAGUUCGAUUGCCUGGAAUCACUUAUGUCCUCUCCCAUUUGAACAGGAAGCUUUCUAUGGAAGAUCAGCUCUAUAUAAUUGGCAGUGACAUUGAAUUAAUGGUGGAAGCAGUAAGCACAUCGGUGCAAGAUUCUAGUGUAUUAGUACAGAGGAGCACUUUGGACCUUAUCCUUUUUUGUUUUCCUUUCCACAUGAGUCAGGCAACACGUCCAGACAUGAUCAGAAUUUUGUCAGCAGCCCUCCACGUAGUACUGCGCAGAGAUAUGUCGCUCAACCGAAGGCUUUAUGCAUGGCUUCUAGGUUUUGAUAACAACGGUGCCCUUAUAGGACCUAGAAGUACAAGGCACAGCAAUCCCGAGGAGCAUGCCACUUAUUAUUUCAACACUUUUUCUAAGGAAAUGUUAGUCCAGGCAAUGAUUGGAAUAUUACAAGUUAAUGGACAUGGAGAAGAAAGCACAUUAAUGCAAGACUUAAAGCCUUUUCGAAUUCUUAUCAGUUUGCUGGAUAAGCCUGAACUAGGCCCUGCCAUCCUAGAGGAUGUAUUGAUUGAAGUGUUUCGAACAUUAUACACACAGUGCAAAGCAGAACUGGAGCUUCAGGCAGAACCUUCUUUCAACAAAGACCACACACAGCUAAGCAGCAAACUGAGAGAAAAUAAGAGAACGGCAGAACUGAUUAAAACUGCCAAUCUUCUCUUUAAUUCUUUUGAGCCUUAUUAUAUGUGGGAUUACAUUGCUCGUUGGUUUGAAGAAUGUUGCAGGAGGACACUACAUGCCAGACUUCAGACUGGGCCUGGAGGAGGUAGUGAGCAAUCUGAGUUACCCCUGACAAAUUUCUGCUUGUUAGUGGAUUUUUUAUUGGAUAUAGUGUCUUUGCCUACUAGAAGUAUGAGAGUGCUGUGUCAGGAGACUUAUAUUGAAAUACAAACAGAACACUUGCCUCAGCUGUUGCUCAGAAUGAUUUCUGCGUUGACAAGCCAUCUUCAUACGUUGCACUUGUCUGAGCUUACUGAUUCUCUCAGACUCUGCUCGAAGAUCCUUAGUAAGGUUCAACCUCCGUUACUGUCUGCAGGUACAGAUGGUAUCCUGCAGCUGCCUAGUGGACACAGCAGCUCCAUCAAAGAAUGGGAAAAUAAAAAGGUGCCCUCCAUUUCACUUGACAAUCCUAAUGAUGUGUUUGAAGACGGUGAAAAUCCUCCAAGCAGUCGGUCGUCAGAAAGUGGAUUCACAGAGUUUGUACAAUAUCAGGCGGAUACAAGUGAUGAUAUUGAUAGAGCACUGAAUGAAGGUCAUGGUGCACCCAGCAUCCCUAUUAUAGGUAGCACAUCCUCAGAGACUGAGACAGCAUCAACUGUGGGAUCUGAGGAAACCAUUGUACAGCCUCCUUCCCUAAUGACACAGGGGACAGCAACUCGAAGUGGGAAAACAAUCCAAAAGACUGCAAUGCAGUGCUGUUUGGAGUAUGUCCAACAGUUUUUAACCAGAUUUAUCAACUUGUAUAUCAUUCAGAGUAAUUCCUUGUCUCAGCCGUUAGGGACAGAGCUUCCAGUAGAUCCCGCUAGAGAGCAAGGGCAGACAGCAAAAUGGGAUAGAGAAUCACAAGGAGAUGCUAAGGUGAAGAAAACAAGCAAGAAAAAAACACCAAAAGAAUACCUUCCUGCCUUUAUUGCUGCCUGUCAGCUGUAUCUUGAAUGUUCGAGUUUUCCUGUUUACAUUGCUGAGGGAAACCGUACUUCAGAAUUACAUACUGGGAAACCUGAAGUUGACUGUGAACAAGUGCAGCCUCCGCUGUGGCUUCAGACUCUAAUGAAUGCUUGCAAACAAGCAAGUGAUUUCAGCAUUCAGGGGGUUACUAUUUCCCUUGUGAUGGACUUGGUUGGAUUGACUCAAUCCGUUGCUCUUGUCACUGGAGAAAAUCUGAACAGUGUGGAAACUGCUCAGCCUCUUAGCCCUAACCAGGGAAGAGUGGCUGUCGUCAUUAGACCUCCUCUUUCUCAAGGCAACCUGAGAUACAUGGCUGAAAAGACAGAUUUCUUCAAGCAUAUAGCUUUAACUCUCUGGGACCAGCUGGGAGAUGGAACUCCUCAGCAUCAUCAGAAGAGUGUGGAGCUCUUCUACCAGCUGCACAACCUUGUUCCAUCUUCUAGCAUUUGUGAAGAUGUUAUUAGUCAGCAGCUGACUCACAGAGACAAGAAAGUAAGAAUGGAAGCUCAUGCAAAGUUUGCAGUGCUAUGGCAUCUCACCCGUGACCUUCAUAUUAACAAGACUUCUUCCUUUGGCCGUACCUUUGACAGAUCUUUAUUUAUUAUGCUAGAUAGCCUUAAUAGCUUAGAUGGUUCUACGUGGUCAGUGGGACAAGCCUGGCUAAAUCAGGUCCUUCAGAGACAUGAUAUUGCAAGGGUUCUCGAACCCUUGCUCCUACUGCUUCUCCAUCCAAAAACUCAGCGAGUUUCUGUUCAGCGAGUACAGGCUGAAUGUUGCUGGACUAAAUCUCCCUGUCACCCUGAAGAAGAAAAUGAAAAGCACUUUAUGCAGAAAUUUAGCUGUACAGAUGCAUUUUCUCAUGUGCCUUUAAGCCAAGGACAACUUAUUAUACCUAAAGAGAGCAACGAAAAACAACUUGCUAUGGACGAAAUGGAGAACUUUAGCCUGACUGUCAACCCUCUGAGUGACAGACUUUCCUUGUUAAGUACUAGCAGUGAGACUAUUCCAAUGGUUGUGUCCGAUUUCGACCUUCCCGACCAUCAAGUUGAAACAUUGCAGAGUUCUGACUCUGGCUGUUCUCAGUCAUCUGUUGGAGACAACAUCAGUUACGAGGUAGAAACAGAAAGCCUGAGUGCUCAAGAUAGCUCUCAGACUCUGAGAGAAGACUCACCUGAUGAAAUUGUGCAGCAAGUGGUUACUGAUCUGAUAUGCAAAGUUGUAAGUGGUCUUGGAGAAGAGACUGAAUCAGUUGGACAUAAUUUACUCUCUGAGGAUACUUCAUGUAAAUUCAGUCCCUUAGAUAACUCUGAAGAGGUGACUAAAAGUGAAGAUCAAAAUAUUCAAAGUAGCCAGAGUAGUUUACUUAGUAAUGACAGUUCCCAGUUAUUAUCAGCGUCAACUGAGACUGGGCUUGAGAGCUUAAGAGAUGAAAUUUCAAGAAAUAACUCUUCACCCUGUAUUGUAGCAAGUCAGCAGUCUCUCUCUGACCUCACUUCUACUUCCACAGAAUCAAAGACUAGAAAGCGAAGCCACAGUAGUAUUCAGUUCAGCUUCAAAGGAAAGCCACCAGAAAAAAUGUCAGAAAAAGAAACAAUUGUUAAAGAGUCUGGUAAGCAACCAGGUGCAAAACCUAAGGUGAAAAUAGCCAAAAAGAAAGAUGAAGAGAAGAAGAAAGCACAGACGGAAAAGCUUAAACAAACUAAUGUCUUCUUUAGUGAUGGUCUUGAUUUAGAAAACUGGUACAGUUGUGGAGAAGGAGAGAUUUCAGAAAUAGAGAGCGAUGUGGGGUCCCCAGGAACGCGAAGAUCUCCCAACUUUAAUAUCCAUCCAUUGUAUCAACAUGUGCUGCUCUAUCUCCAGCUGUAUGACUCUUCAAGGACACUAUAUGCUUUCUCUGCAAUUAAAGCAAUUCUGAAAACAAAUCCUUCAGCUUUUGUAAGUGCCAUCUCUACUACCAGUGUCAACAAUGCAUACACUCCUCAGCUCUCGUUGCUCCAGAAUCUUCUAGCGAGGCAUCGAAUAUCUGUUAUGGGCAAAGAUUUCUAUAGUCACAUCCCAGUUGAUUCGAACCAUAACUUUCGGAGUUCCAUGUACAUAGAAAUUCUUAUCUCCUUAUGUUUGUAUUAUAUGCGGAGCCACUAUCCAACUCAUGUUAAAGUAACCUCACAAGAUCUAAUAGGAAACCGUAAUAUGCAAAUGAUGAGCAUCGAAAUUUUGACACUUCUGUUUGCCGAGUUGGCAAAAGUCAUAGAAAGCUCUGCAAAGGGCUUUCCUAGUUUUAUUUCGGACAUGUUAUCCAAGUGCAAGGUUCAGAAAGUCAUCCUGCAUUGUCUGCUGUCUUCUAUCUUUAGCGCACAGAAAUGGCACAGUGAAAAGACAGCUGGAAAAAACAUAGUGGCUGUAGAAGAAGGUUUCUCUGAAGACAGCCUUAUAAACUUCUCUGAAGACGAAUUUGAUAAUGGCAGUACUCUGCAGUCACAGCUUCUAAAAGUACUCCAGCGGCUGAUUGUCCUGGAGCACAGAGUAAUGACUGUGCCUGAGGAAAAUGAAACAUGCUUCGAAUUUGUCAUAACGGACUUAGAGCACAUUGGCCCUCAGCAGCCGAUGACUUCCCUUCAGUAUUUACACUCCCAGCCAAUAACCUGUCAAGGCAUGUUUCUCUGUGCAGUGAUAAGAGCUCUGCAUCAACACUGUGCCUGUAAAAUGCAUCCCCAGUGGAUUGGCCUUAUCACUUCUACUUUGCCUUACAUGGGAAAAGUCCUUCAGAGGGUAGUUGUUUCUGUGACCCUUCAGCUUUGCAGGAAUUUGGAUAAUUUAAUUCAGCAGUAUAAAUAUGAAACAGGAUUAUCUGAUAAUAGACCUCUUUGGAUGGCAUCAGUCACUCCACCAGACAUGAUUCUUACUUUACUGGAAGGUAUCACAACAAUAAUUCAUUACUGCCUCCUAGAUCCAUCCACACAGUAUCAUCAGCUUUUGGUUAAUGUGGAUCAGAAACAUUUGAUUGAAGCACGCAAUGGGAUCUUAUCUAUCCUGCAUAUGAUCAUGUCUUCUGUGACUCUGCUGUGGAGCAUCCUUCACCUUGCAGAUUCUUCAGAGAAAACAACUGCUGCUGCUGCUGCUUCCAUUACCACUAUUAAUCUUGGAUCAACAAAGAACUUGAGGCAGCAGAUUCUUGAACUGUUGGGCCCAAUUUCGAUGAAUCAUGGUGUUCACUUCAUGGCUGCUAUUGCAUUUGUAUGGAAUGAAAGGAGACAAAAUAAAAAUGCUUCUAGGACAAAGGUUAUUCCUACAGCUGGUGAAGAACAACUUCUGCUGGUAGAGCUCGUUCGUUCUAUCAGUGUAAUGAGGACCGAGACUGUUAUACAAACAGUGAAAGAAGUUUUGAAGCAGCCUCCAGCCAUAGCAAAGGACAAGAAACAUCUUUCACUGGAAGUCUGCAUGUUGCAGUUUUUCUAUGCUUAUACUCAAAGGAUUCCAGUGACCAGCUUAGUAGAUAGUUGGGCAUCACUACUGCUUCUACUAAAGGACUCUAUCCAGGUUGGUCUUCCAGCUCCAGGACAAUUCCUCAUACUUGGUGUUCUUAAUGAGUUCAUUAUGAAAAAUCCAAGUCUGGAGAAUAAGAAAGAUCAAAGAGAUCUUCAGGAUAUAACGCACAAGAUAGUGGAUGCCAUUGGGGCAAUUGCUGGUUCUUCCUUGGAACAGACUACUUGGCUAAGACGAAACUUAGAGGUUAAGCCUUCCCCCAAGAUUAUGGUUGAUGGAAACAACUUGGAAUCUGAUGUUGAAGAUAUGUUGUCUCCAGCAAUGGAAACUUCAAACAUAACUCCAUCAGUUUAUAGUGUCCAUGCAUUAACCUUACUUUCUGAGGUUUUGGCCCAUCUCUUGGAUAUGGUUUUCUACAGCGAUGAAAAAGAGAGAGUUAUUCCUUUGCUUGUAAAUAUUAUGCACUAUGUUGUGCCCUACCUCCGUAAUCACAGUGCUCACAAUGCAUCCAGCUAUCGAGCCUGUGUCCAGUUAUUAAGCAGUCUUAGUGGGUAUCAGUAUACAAGGAGAGCAUGGAAAAAGGAAGCAUUUGAUCUCUUUAUGGAUUCCAGUUUCUUCCAAAUGGAUGCUUCUUGUGUUAACCAUUGGAGAGCUAUUAUGGAUAAUUUGAUGACACAUGACAAAACCACAUUCAGAGAUUUGAUGACACGAGUGGCUGUGGCUCAGAGCAGUUCGCUCAAUCUGUUUGCUAAUCGGGAUGUAGAGCUGGAACAGCGUGCUAUGCUCCUGAAGAGACUGGCCUUUGCAAUUUUUAGUAGUGAAAUAGACCAGUACCAGAAAUACCUUCCAGACAUACAAGAAAGGCUAGUAGAAAGCCUUCGUUUGCCACAGGUGCCCACUCUUCAUUCCCAAGUGUUCCUGUUUUUCAGAGUAUUGCUCUUAAGAAUGUCUCCGCAGCACCUUACCUCACUCUGGCCUACCAUGAUCACUGAACUGGUACAAGUGUUUUUAUUGAUGGAACAGGAGCUGACUGCUGACGAAGACAUUUCCAGAACUUCUGGCCCAUCUGUUGCUGGUCUGGAGACAACGUACACAGGGGGCAAUGGUUUCUCCACAUCCUAUAAUAGCCAGAGAUGGUUGAACCUGUACCUGUCUGCUUGCAAAUUUCUGGAUUUGGCACUAGCUUUACCAUCUGAAAACCUUCCUCAAUUUCAGAUGUAUCGUUGGGCUUUUAUUCCAGAAGCAUCAGAUGAUUCAGGCUUGGAGGUACGAAGACAGGGCACUCAUCAAAGGGAAUUUAAACCGUAUGUGGUACGUCUAGCAAAACUGCUGCGAAAAAGAGCAAAGGACAAACAGGAGGACUUUAAGACGAUGGUUUUGGAGGGAUUGGAGAUGGCCAAGCAUCAGAAAAACCCAGAGGAGGAGAGCUCAGGGAAAACGUUAAGCUGGGAACCAGGUCACUUGCUUCUGACCAUCUACACUGUUCGCAGCAUUGAGCAGCUUUUGCCUUUCUUCAGUGUACUCAGCCAAGUUUUUAACAGCAAAGUCACAAGCAGAUGUGUUGGACACUCAGGGAGCCCUGUCCUUUACCCCAACUCUUUUCCCAAUAAGGACAUAAAAAUGGAGAAUCUCAAGACGUUCUCCAGCAAAGCAAGGCAAAAAAUUGAAGAGAUGGUUGAGAAGGAUUUUCUUGAAGGUGUCAUAAAAACAUGAGCUAAACUGGUACUAUUCAUCUUACAUGUAAUGUAACUAUUUAAAUGAAAUAUUGUAUCUUUCCCAGUUGUAUAGUAUUCUUUUCUUACUUUGUAUGUAAUGAAAUACUUAAUGUUGUAUUUAAUUAUUUGUAAAUAAGAGAAGAGUUCUGGAUGUGGCCUGAAUCAAGUUUAAAUAUUGGUGGCUCAUAUUGAUUAUGGUGCCUACUAUUUACAGUACACUUGUUUCGUUGUCUUGAGGUCUGUCUUUAAAAAAAAAAAAAACCUAAAAAAUACAAGGUGCACAUUUUUUCAAUUUGUUCCAGUUUAUUUUUGGGUUUUUUUGUUUUUUUGUUUUUUUUUUUUACUUACUAGAACUUAUACUUAUUUGGCAAUCUGGAAAAUGCCAUAAUAUCAGGAGUCAAUACAGGACUAAAAUGAAAAAUUACAUUUGCCAGAGGUAGAUACCCUCAACCGAAAUGUGUGCAUUUGCAAUAUGUAUGUAAUUAAAAUAUUACAUCCCAGUAGCCCAGCUCCUUUAAACUACUGGGGGGGGAGGGUCACAAACUUGCUGUGUCCCCCUCUGUCUUAAAAACCAUGAUAAUACUAUUAUUACAAAUUGCUUUAAUUUCACAUAUACAUUAGUUUUAUAAAAGCAGUAUUUCUAAUGAAGCUAUUGCCGUAAUAUGUUGUUUGCUUUCAAAUGCUGUUUUUAACUAUAUUGUCCCCUCUCAACUGAGGUGAGCUUAAUCUCAGACCUAUACUUCCACUGAGCAAGGAGGAUGUUUGCCCAUGAAGGAUGCAGUUGCUGUGGCAAUACUGGAGGUGAUGUUUCUGCAGUAGUAAAGCUGUGCUAAAGCUACUGUGAGCGCAGCCCAGGACAGCUAGUCAAGCACAGCUGCUGCAAGUGCACUAAGGGCAUAGGAGCUUGAUUUAGGCACAAUGUGUCAUUAACCUAUCAAACUGAAGGAGGUGGAUUGCUCUCAGUCACAGGUUCUUUUUGGCUCUCCUGCUUGGUAGCAGCAAGGCUUUAAGCUUCAAUGGAGCUUCUGCACUAGCCCAAACCGAAUCUGCGUGGCUAAUCUCCCUUGUAUAUUAUCUGGGGAAGGGCUAGUAACCAGGUUAUUGCUAGUAGAGAAGAUGAGUCUUCAUGCUUAGCAGACUGGAGUUGUAGCCUCCCUUCUGGAUAUGACUAGGGCACUGCAAGUCAAGACGCAACAUUCAAGGCAUGCUCGCACACAUCUAGCUCAGUUCCACUUCAGAAGCAAAACAAAUGAGUGGGGAGAAACACCAAGCAGCAAGAGGACC